AUGGAGAUUCUUGCGGCGAAAGGCAGUUCUUUCUCCUGUUUGGUGUCAUAUAGAGGUUUCCUAGGUCGUGGUAUCGUCGUCACCGGUUUCAAUGCUAAGUCAUGGUCACAGGUGAAAUCGCUGGCGGAGAGGGCCGCGCCUUUGCUGGGUAUAGGUUCCGGCACCCAGCGUUGCGCUGUGAAUCGCUGUGCGCCUGGUGUCUCUGAGUCGGAGCAUUUGGUGCGUUUGUUGGCUGCAGAACGUCUCAGUGCGUUGCCGGUGCUGCAUUUCGAUGGAUCCAUCUACGAGCUUUUGGACGUGGGCGGAUUGGCAGGAGUGUUGCCAUCUCUGGCGAACUUGCUGCACGUCGAACGCUGCGAGGCCUUGCAAGCUUUAGCAGUGGUCUUGCGUGGUGCGCACGAUGACGCUCAUCCCUUUGCAGCCCAAUGCCGGGAGCUGGCAGAGAAGCUUUUGUCGGAGGAUUUGGAGAAAAAACUUUGGGAACUCUACAUGAAGGUCUCAAGCUGUCCUCGCUUCUCAGCCUCCCCAGAGCAUUCAGAGGUUGAGACAGUGGUGAAGCAAGGUUUGGAGUUGCAGCUGUGCGUUUUGGAAUGCUUGCUGUUGGCGGGCUAUGACCCUCAAAUCAGCAGGAGCGAAUUGAGAGAAUUACCUUCUUGCCGUUUCAAAGACAGGAGAGAUCCAGAGCAGAUCUGCCGAAUUGCCGAGGAAUGCUACCGGCAGCGGUUUUUGGGUAGCCUCCCAAGGGCAGCGCAUCUGCAUCACUGGCUGUUGGGUGAUGCAGAAAUUUGCAGCCAAGCUCAGUGCGUGGGAGACUUGUGCCUGACUUUGUUCAUUGAGCAUCUGGAUCUAGAGGACCUAGAGGCUGCGCGCCAUCCCUUGCUGUCGAGCCCAGAGCAUGUGAAGCAUUUGCACAAGCUUAUCGAAGGCUGGGUCGAGAUCUGUCGUCACGCCACCAUCCCAGCGGAAGCCACCCCGGCCACCAAGCACUGUGGGCGUCAUGUAGCGCUGGCGGUGCUCGCCUGGUCAGUACUUCUGGGAUGCAUGCCAGAGAGCUUUCGCGAGAGUCAGGGCUUCAGCUUCAAGCGCUUUUUCAGCAGCGCCGUCUUUCAGACGGAAAUUCUGCAGGAUGCCGUGCUCAGCAUCCAGGAGCGUGGCUUCCUGAUGUCUGACAGCCGCAAUGCCAAGCAUUUAGCAGCACGUUCAGUCGCCAGGGGCCUGGUGAGCAUGGUGGCGAAAGCCUUUCGUUUGGAUGGUCCCAUGGCGCCUGCCCAUCUGGCCAUCUCCAAAUUAGCGAGCAUGGCAUUCUUGGAUGAACAUGCAUGCCUCGAGUUCUGGAGGUUGGACUAUCCCAAACGUCAAGGUGCUUUUCUGAUCCUCCACGCCUGGCUCAUGGCUUUCCCAAGGAAUCUGCCGGCGCUGUUGGAAUUGCUGUGUGGCUUGGGGCAGGGACCUGCUGCGGAAUAUGUUGCAGAACUCUUGCAGGCUCCACUGAACAUGAUGCGCUUGCCCUACCGCUUGCUACGUCACAUCACUGAGUUUGAGGAGAGUGCCCCAUCCUCCAGCACUUGGCAACCGCGCGCGCAACUGCUCCUGCAACAACCAGCUUAUGUGGAGGAGCUGGCCCUGCGGCUCUUGGGCCUGGAGCUUCCAGAGAACCACGUGUCCAGCUGUCGAGUCCUGUGCGCCGGCUCCACCGGAGUGUUGCAACAAGACAGGUCGGCUGGAAGAGCUUGGUACAGUAAUGCCAAUUAUGCCAUAGGGUCGCAUCAGCAUCAUCCUCUUUUCGGCGCCAUGUUUUCCUUCACGUCUUCGGAGAUCUCCGCGGAGCGGCGCAGACUCUAUCGGAGGGUCAGCACUGCCAGCAGACGCUGGUGUUGUUGUUGUUGCCCCCUGCGGAAUGGAGAACCCCUGCUGGAUCCGCCCAGCCCCGUGGAAAGCCAAUCACGCGAGAACGACAGCAGCCCGAGUUGGAAGCUCAAACGCUUGAGGUCGUCCAUAGACAAUGGCGUGCACGCCUUGGGGGUUGGUCUGGGUGGCGCCAUGCCGCGGAUCACCAAGUUUGCACGCACUGGCAGCGUGCGAUUCAAGGAUGUGUGUUCUUCUCCCAGCGACGUGUGCAUGUGGCUCGGAGCCGCGGUGAGUCUGCCAGUGCUGGUUUUGCUCAAUUUCAAUCGCGCCUACGCCAUGCAUGAAACAAUUUUCAAGACGGACAUCAAUUCUCGGACUGAGGCCUUGAUCCGCUGCGCCUGUGUGCCGGUGGCCUGCACCGCAGUGAAUUACUUUGUACAACAUUUGCGUAGGACUGUGUUCUUCUGGGAGAAGAGGACAGAAGACCGAUUUUUCCAGCAAAGUGUCACGAGGUGGAUCGAUCCCAUCUCCAUUGGUCUCAUGUUGUUGGCCGCUCUUUUUCUGAUUCGCAACGCUUGUUGCAUCAUUUUGGAGGACAAUGUUGCCCAGCAAGUUCACUUUUGCUUUACUGGCUUGAUGGUCAUGAUCUGUGCCAUCUUCUACUUCAACAUGUUAGAUAGGAUCAAUGAUGUUCUGCACUCUAUGAUUACGGAUCAGGAGAUCAUUAAUCAUUCCAAACCGGUGGAGAAGAUGCAGAACAUCGUGCACAACAUCUCCCGGAGCGGCGACACACAGCGCGACAUUGUCUACAGUUUUUCGCACACGCACACGGUGCCGGCCAAGGUGCUGCACUACAUUUGGUCCAUCUACUACUUGAUAGGUAAGAUCCUCGGCGCGCUGGUCGUGUUGGCUUUCUUCGCGCAGGUUGAGUCCGAGACCAUCAACCGUUUUCUCCUGGGAAGCUUGUUGAUUUCGGGCGCUGCUUCGGGCGGCUUCAUGUUGGAGUUGGGCCCCAGCACGAUUAGCUUGUUGCGGCUGUCGUUGUACAAGCCGUUCUACGUUGGUGAUUUGGUCACCCUGAACAAAACGGGGGACAUGGCCAUGACCGAAGCCGUGGUAGGCUGGGGGAUGAUGAAACCUGAGCUCCCGAUGGCGCUUUGGUAUUUCUGGAAGUUGUUGAGCACUCCAUGGUCACCAAUGGUUGUCUCUGUGAUCCAAUACGAUCCAAUUGAAAUUCUCGGUCUGCAGUUGGAUUCUUUUGGAGCUCCAAACUGCUGA